UGAUGUUCUUCUUAGGAUGACCCCAGCAGAAAGGCUGAUAAGAAGCUUCAAUCUGUUUCCAAGAAAAUCAGUAAACAUAAGAAGAGGAAGUAGUGAUGAUGUGUUUGUCCCUGGAAAAUUAGUGGAGAAGAAGUUCUCAUUUCUUGCUGAUUCCUCUGUUCAAGAAUUAGGUCAUCAUGCCGGCUAUUAUUCUCUUCCUCGUACCAAAGCCGCAAGGAUGUUCUAUUUUUUCUUUGAAUCUCGGAACAAUAAUAGCAAAGAUGCCCCAGUUGUGAUAUGGUUGACUGGAGGACCAGGAUGUGGCAGUGAACUUGCAUUGUUCUAUGAGAAUGGUCCUUUCAAAAUUACUAAUAACAUGUCUCUUGUUUCCAAUGACUAUGGUUGGGACAAGGUUUCAAACCUUAUCUAUGUUGAUCAACCAACUGGGACAGGGUUCAGCUACAGUUCUGAUGAGUCAGACCUUCGCCAUGAUGAAACGGGUGUUAGCAACGAUCUUUACGAUUUCUUGCAGGCAUUUUUCAAACAGCAUCCUCAGUUUGUUAAGAAUGAUUUUUAUAUCACCGGAGAAUCAUAUGCUGGACACUAUAUUCCAGCUCUUGCCUCUCGAAUUCAUCAAGCUAACAAACAAAAACAAGCCAUUCUUAUAAAUCUAAAGGGUUUUGCUAUUGGCAACGGAUUAACCAAUCCGGGGAUUCAAUAUGCAGCAUACACGGAUUUUGCAUUAUCCAAUAAAUUAAUUACAAAGAGUGAUUACAACAACAUCAACUCCAGGCUCCAUGGAUGUGAACAAGAAGUAAAAAAUUGCGCAACUGAAGGUGGAGACCAUUGUGCCACCGCUAAAGCCACGUGUGACCAAAUAUUCCAAAGUAUCCUUAGCGCUGCUGGCAACGUUAAUUACUAUGACAUUAGAAAAAAAUGUGAAGGAGCUUUGUGCUAUGACUUCUCAAACGUGGAUAAACUCUUAAACGAUAAUUCAGUGAAGAAGGCUUUAGGUGUGGAUGAUGAUUUGGACUAUGUUUCAUGCAGUGAUGAAGUGUAUUUUGAUAUGGUUAAUGACUUCAUGGUCAAUUAUGAUGUGGGUAUUCCACCUCUUCUUGAAGAUGGUAUUAGGUUUCUUAACUAUGCUGGUGAAGAAGAUCUCAUUUGUAAUUGGCUAGGUAAUAUAAGAUGGGUUAGUGCCAUGAAAUGGUCAGGUCAAAAAGAAUUUAACGCAGCUCCUACAGUCCAAUAUAAAGUCAAUGGUGUAGAGGCAGGGUCUCUAUCAAGUCAUGGACCUCUCACUUUCUUGAAGGUAUAUAAAGCUGGACACUUGGUUCCUAUGGACCAACCAGAAGCCGCACUUGAUAUGCUCACAAGAUGGAUGCAAGGCAAAUUAAAUUAAGUGAUGUCCUCGUCACAAAAUCAAUUCAAAUCAAAAUAAAUUUAUUAAUGAUUAUCUCUUGUAUGUUAGA